UGAAUACUAAGUUAUUGGAAUUAAGAUAUUCCGGUUUCCUUCAACAGUUAUUAAUAAUAUACUUUUAAAUUAAUAAGGCAUCAAGAUCGUGAUCUUGAUAACGGUACGAGACAUCAAAUGAUUGUAAAGUCUCUUAAACAUAGCCAUAAAUAAAUUUUACGUUAUCAUAGAAAAACAAAUAUUCUGCGAAAAUUUCCAUUAUAUCAUAUUUUAUCUAUUACUUUUGAAAUUAAUGUCAGUUAUAAAGUCUACAAGUGGAGGAAGAAGAUGUAUAUAGAUUUAGACAUUCAAUAAAACUGAUUUAAUUUAAAAAAAAAAAAUCAAAAAUUAACAGUGAUAGCUAUUUAAUAAUUAUGACUAAAAUUAUUGUAAAAAGUACAGAAUUAUCAUCAAUGUCUAAAUUAUCUCUCUGGCCCCAAUGGUUCACUGGAUUAACAAUUUCACUUGGUAUACUUACGGCUGGUCUUUCCACUGGAUGGACUUCACCAUAUUUAGCUCAACUCACUUCACCGAAUGUCGAAUCUCCAUUAAUGCUCACUAAUUCUGAAGCAUCUUGGGUUGCAUCUCUACUCAAUUUAGGUAGAUUUGUUGGUGCAAUAAUCGGUGCAUUAACUCAAGGUAUAAUUGGACGAAAAAGGACAUUAGUAGUUGGCGGUUGUCCAUUAGCAAUCGGUUGGAUAUGUAUGAUUAUGGCAAAAUCACCAUUUUGGCUUUUUGUUGCAAGAUUUUUCUCCGGUAUUGGUGGAGGAAUGAUCUGGACUACACUUUCGCUGUAUUUAGGUGAGAUCGCUGAUCCCUCCAUUCGUGGUUCCUUGAUAUUUCUGUGCACAAAUGCAGCAUUUAUCGGUGGACUCCUUGGAAAUAUCAUGGGAUCUUAUCUACACUUAGAUCAAUUCGGAUAUAUUAGUCUAAGUUUCAUUGUUUUAUUUCAAUUUAUUUUAAUUUUUUUCAUUCCGGAGUCACCAUAUCAUCAUAUAGCAAAUAAUGAUAUGGAGCGUGCAAAAGAAUCAUUAAAGUGGUUCAAACGUCAAGCAGAUAUUCCUAAAGAAAUUCAAGCUCUUAAGGAUUUUAUAGGCAGUACAAAAACUGAUUUCUCUACGCGAUUCCGAGAAUUUUGCAAACCUAAAAAUUGUAAGAAUACAGUAAUUAUGUGUUUAUUUAAUAUUUUUUUAUACUUCAGUGGUCAUAACACAAUAGGAUACUAUGCUGAAAUUAUAGUUACCAAAAGUGGAGUUAAUUUUGCACCAGGUACUGUUGUAAUAGCUUUAAGUUUAUGCACAGUUGUUGCAGCAUCGACUGCCACAAUUGUAGUUGAUAAAUUUGGACGUAAAUCACUUUUGAUUGUUUCUAGUCUUGGUACAGGUUGUGCUUUAACACUUCUUGGAUGUCAUUUUCAUUUUUUAUCAUGUGGUUUUGACUCUCAUGAUCUUACAUGGCUUCCAAUUUUUGCUCUCUUUCUUUUUAAUUGUUCUAUUUCCUAUGGAUUAGUACCAGUACCUAAUGCUCUUAUCGGAGAACUCUUUCCACCCAUUUUAAAAACAUUUGCUUCGAUGCUAUUUAGUGGAAGUUCUGCUCUUUUAUCUUUCAUUACAGCAAGAACAUUUCAACCAUUGGUAGAUAUCAUGAGUGAAAAAUACGUAUUCUGGAUGUUUGCAUUGAGUGCAUUUAGUGUUACUCCAUUUACAUACUUUUGUGUUGUAGAGACAAAAGGACAAACGCUCAUGGAAAUUCAAAAUAAAGCAGAUGAAAGAGAAAAAUAAGAGAAUAUUUUUAAAAAAUAGUAAAUGAAAAAUUAUAUAAUCGAAAAAAAAAUUAUUAACUUUGUAAGAUAUUAUCGUCAUAAAAUUAAGAUUAAUCAGUACAUGUACUUAAGACAUAUUUUUAUAAGAUGACUUUAUUAAUUGUUAUUAUUUUCACUACCACAAAGUUAACAUUAUUCACGAAGAUUGAAUUCAU